CGAUAUCUCAACAAAACAUCGUCCUUCCCUAAAAAUUGUCGAUGUCGGCAGUCAGUGCAGCACAGCAUUCGCGGAUGAUCGCACCCCGCGUUCGCGAUUCCGAAUUUGAAUUUAAUCGUGAUAAAUAAAAUAUUAAGCUGUAUAUGGCCAGUGCUACUUAGCGUUAAGAACUAAAAUUAAAUUUUUAAUGUUAACGGAUCAAAGAAAAGUAUUAUAAGCAUACACCACAAUGAAACGCUCCGUUAAAUCUAAAUUAAGGACAAAUUAGUUUCCAAACAAAAAAUUAUUACAAGAAAAUGUCAUUUGCCUAGUCAAAGUAGAAUAAAACCACUCAUAUGCACAGAGACGCUCCCUACGUCUUCAGAGAUUCAGUAAAAUUACGCCAAAAAUUACUUCAAAGAACCACUACCUAUUUUAAAGUGGUAGAGUUCGUCAAGAAAGACGCAAUACGGUAUUUCACGUAUGACUACGAAAUACACCAAACAUAGUAUAAAAUAUUAUGAACAUAUUUAUAGGUAACUGUUAUCAUUCGAAAAAUCUGGUAAAAUUGAAAUUUCUUUGACUUAAUAGACAAUAAAAGGAAUAAUUUUAAGUAGACAUCUUAGCCAGUAAAUAGUUUCCAAUUUAAACAGUGAAACGUCAAAAGGAUUGCCUUUUUAAAUUCCGAAUAGAGAAGCAAAUAUGGCGGCGAAAGCGGAGCCUAUUGGGCCUAGGAAUGGGCAUGAGUUGGCGCCUUUGAACACUCGCGCGGAUGGGUCAGAAAGGCCCCAUGGUGUCACCAUAGUAUUACAAGGAUCUAGGGGGUCCCUUCAGAGGCCUGAUCCCGGCGAAGACCGAGCGGCGUGGUCAGGAAAACUUCAGUUCUUCUUGUCCAUUAUCGGAUAUUCUGUGGGUCUGGGAAACAUUUGGCGGUUCCCGUAUCUGUGUCAACAAAAUGGCGGAGGCGCCUUCCUGAUCCCGUUCAUCAUCAUGUUGAUCCUGGAAGGCGUUCCCCUGUUCCUCAUCGAGAUGGCCAUCGGUCAGAAGAUGAGGCUCGGCUCCUUGGGCGUGUGGAACACCAUCCACCCUUGGCUGGGUGGCAUCGGCAUCUCCAGCUGCAUAGUCACCCUUUUUGUAGCCUUGUACUACAAUGUGAUCAUCACUUGGGUGUUCUUCUACCUUUUUAACAGCAUCAGGUUGACAGCAGACCAUUUGCCCUGGGCCCACUGCCCCCAAGACAAUGGAACCGCCGAAUCUGAAUGCACCAAGGCGACUGCCACCGUCUACUUCUGGUACAGGGAGGCGCUGGACGCGUCGCCUAGUAUCGAGGAGCCCGGGGUCCCCAGGUGGUGGAUCGUGCUGUAUCUACUGCUGGCUUGGAUCAUCGUGUUCUUCAUCGUGAUGAAGGGCAUACAGAGCAGCGGAAAGGUGGUAUACUUCACAUCUCUGUUCCCUUACGCCGUACUCACCAUCUUCUUCGUCCGCGGCAUCACAUUACCUGGUUCUGCUGAUGGUAUCAUGCACAUGUACAAACCUAAGCUGGAGAAACUACUCCAACCCACCGUGUGGCUAGACGCGGCCACACAGGUGUUCUACUCCUUCGGCCUGGCCUUCGGAUCCCUCAUAGCGUUCGGCUCCUACAACCCCCCCAACAACAACUGCGUACGCGACGUUUUGUUGGUAUCUGUCUGCAACGCCCUCACGGCCAUAUACGCCUCUGUGGUCAUCUUCAGCAUUUUAGGGUUCAAGGCCUUUACCAUGACGGAGAAUUGCAUUACGAAGCAAAUCAAGAUCCUUGCUUUGCACCACGUGGACGGCUUCCUCCUCAACUCCACCCACGACUACUACCGCGAGGAGUUCCCCAAACUGAACUCCUCGAUCACUGCAGCCCUGAACCUGACAGAGUGCACCAUUGGAAGGCAACUGGAAGAGGCGGCAGAAGGCACCGGUUUAGCGUUCAUAGUGUUCACGCAAGCCAUCCUCAAACUGACUCCUGCGCCGUUCUGGUCCGUCACAUUCUUCCUCAUGCUGCUGUCUCUGGGUCUGGGCAGUCAGAUUGGGAUCAUGGAGGGGAUGCUGUGCACCAUAUUUGAUAUCGAUUUCUUUAAGAGAUUGAGCAAGCCUACUAUCACUGGCGUGGUGUGCACCUUCUGUUUCUUCGUGGGCCUGAUCUUCACAACGGGCGCGGGCGAGUACUGGCUGAAGAUGUUCGACUCUUUCGCCGGCACCAUCGGCCUCGUCGUCGUCGCUUUGUUGGAGAUGGUCUCUGUUAUUUACAUCUACGGCCACGAGAGAUUCACCAACGACAUCUACGAGAUGACCGGCUACAGGCCCGGGAUCUAUUGGCAGGUGACCUGGCGUUACGUGGGGCCCUUCAUCGUGACCGGUAUCCUGAUAUCAUCGGUCGUGUCCAUGCUUAUCUCCCCGCCGGAGUAUAGCGCUUGGAACGCUGAUGAGGGCCACACCGUGAAGAAGCAGUACCCGGACUGGGUCCUGGUCAUCGCUCUGAUCAUGAUCCUGGCUGGAGUACUGCCGAUACCGGUGGUUCUCCUUCUAAGGAGGUUCCAAUGCCUGGCCUUCGACGUGGACAUCCACCAGGGCUCCAUUAGGAGGAUCGAAACCACUGUGUCUACCAAGGAGAUGAUGAGCGACCAAGACUCAUCAUCAGAUUCGGAAGAUGGGGAGGUGCGUACGUCCGGCCGCUACGAAGUCUCGAGCAGCAGUGAUGAUGAUGAACUCCUCAACACCGGCACAGGUCGACUGGCUAUGAAGGUCGGCUACAAAUCUUCCACAUUCAAGAUGGACGUCGUCGAAUGAUCCACAUACGAUGAGAUCUACAGCGCCAUGUUUCAGUGUUUUUGAACAUCGAAUAUUUUGACUUUUACGUUUGAAACAUGUUCGAUUUUCAGAAUCUGGCGGUUCUUAUCUUUGCAAUUAGUGUAGUGACUAACAUGAGCUAGAUAUAGCUUGUUCUUUGUAUUAUUUUAGAUAGUCUGCCGAGACAAGGAAUAAUGGUGGAAUUAAAUGUAUGUAUAAGGGUCUACAGUGCAGAUAAACUAUAUAAGCAAAUUUACAACUAUGUAAGGCAAAAAUCUUGGUAUAACCAAGAAAAAAUAUUUUAUUGACAAAGUCUUAAUAUCUCAGGAUUGAAUAGCUCAGGAAUUGUAUUAUACGAGUAUCUAUGCAGUAAAAAGAUCAAAAUUUUUAAAAUAGUCUGUUUUAGAUUAAAAUUAAAUCUUAUUAUUUAGUCUUAUUUAGAUUAAAAUUUUAAGUUAAUGGGAUUAGCAAGUACAUAAAUUUUGUGGUCCUUCGAUAGAAAUAACACCGACUUUGGUCUUUCGUACAUACGUUUCAGUUACUUUCUUUAAUUAAUAAUUUAAACUUGUAUAGUUAUAUCGGCCAAGUUGAGAACAAUGAGGGUAGGUAGAGAUAAGUUGUUGAUCACUUUGGUAAGUUGUUGAAAUUUAAUGAACUGCACUCUGUGUUUUGAUACUACUACCGAUGGUAUUUUUUUUAUUUUGUAUAAACCUUCCUUUCUUUAAGAUUUUACAACGAUUAUUUCUUAUUUUUUAUGUCUCUUAGUAUAAAAAAUAUAACAGCAUUAUUUGUUGUUUUUAGCGCGAGCAAGCGAGCAACAAGUAAUGCUGUUGCAAGCGAACAACAGCAUUAAGAACAACUUAAUCUUUCCAUGUAACAUUUUGUAGGUAAUAUGUAUUAUCUAUUACAUUUCUUCUUUAAAUGAUAUAUCGGUGAGUCGUGUUCCAAACAAGAGUGCAUGACUUAGCUUUACUCUAUUCUGUAGUAUCUAACUUCGAUAUCGAAUCAUCACCAAAUUAAUAGUUUAAGUAUAAGUGCUUACAACACAUUAUUUAGGUCACCUUAUAACAUAACUCACUAAAUAUAAGACUAAAGUUUAAAAGUUAUUUAACAGUAUGGAUUUUUAUUAUUGACGUUUGGUCAUAAUAAAGCCCGGGAUUCCAAAAAUCGUAUUUUUGGGCUCCCGGUAUCUGCUUUCCGUCAUUUCUGUCCACAUUAUCCGGUCUCUUAAGCAUCCUUGACGGCUAAAUAGAAAGAUUAUAUUAUAUAGUCUAAUAACUUAUGGUAUAAUUUGUCAAAGUAAUUAAUAAUUUUACACCAAAAUUUCAUUAGAUAGACUACAAAAAUUAAACUAAUAAAAUUUAGGGAGUUGUGUUGUUAUUAUGUGACAUAUAGCAUGCUUAUUCAAAAAGAUAUUCGGAAUAUUCUGGGGUGUUAGGUGUGUUUAUUUUUGAGUUAAAUUUGUUUUUAUUAUGUAUUAUUAUGUACAAAUAGAGUACAAACACAGCGUAAUGCUUUCUAAAAAUAAACUUUGUAAGGUGAAAUCAACAUGGUUUAAUGUGGACUAAAAAGAUAUAGUCUGAGUAAAGACAAAGAUGAUUAUAAACAAUAAUCUUUAUAAAAUCUGCGUUGCUUAUCUUACCUACAACUGUUGUAACAACAAAAUUUUAAACAAUAAUGGAAUGCAGUGUAAAAUUAAAAGUAUAAAAUUUUAAAACAGUAUUCUCUAAUAUGUUCUUAUUAAGAUAAAUGUAAAUUACGAAGACAAAUAUUUUCGACAGAUCUAUAAAAUUCAGAAUAUUGGUGUUAAUAACACCGUUGUAACAUUUUGCUGAUAAUAUAUAAGUAUCGUUAUAAUUCGUUUAGAAUUAUUUCUUGACUACAUGUAAUAUUUAUUUUUUGUGUCUUUGAAAUCAUGUCUAAUGAAAUGAGCUGACAAAUGAAUUGUGUACUUAAUGCGCUGAUUGGUCUCGUGUUCAGUAGGAUAUGAAAUGUUGAUAUUCUGGCAUUAGUUAUGGAUCGCAACGAUGCUAAAUAGUGUAGUUUAGGUAAUAAAGAACACGCGUAGAACGCACAUCUUGGCUUAAAGAUGUCUUGUGACUAUAUAUUUAUAUUAUUUGACAUACAAUUUGAUUUUUCCAUUACAAAAGUAAAUAGUGAAAGAAGUUUAAUUUCAAAUGUAAUAGCAAAAAAGAAAUUUUAAGUUUUAUUGUUUAGGAUAUGACGUUGUUUUAUCCAUAAAUAUUGACCAAAUACUUAUUUGUGUAAAAUGGGUUAGGGUAGUUUUCAAUUGCUCACUGUUUCACUAAUUUGUCUUUAAUUUGUUAUAAUAUGUUCCAGCCUUAAACUGAAUAUAUAUUUUAAUGUAUUUAUAAAACAUCAAGUCACUAUCGAAAGUAUGCGUGCCAUAAUUAGUCACAGACAUUUUUAAUUGCGUUUAAGUAAAUGUUUAAGACCUAGGAACAAAAUAUACCUAUUAGGAAACGCGAAUUUCUCAAAGAGAUGGAGCUAGCUUUGUAGUAAUUAGUUAACUUUCUGACUUUAAAUUACUAAAGAAAAGAAAAUUGAUAAACGAUUAACAAUACAAUAAAUAUAAAAAUUUAUCAUGUGUCAUUGAUAAGAUAGAAAAUACCUUGUUUUAAUGUCAUACAAAUUGGGACAUGCAAUAAAAGGGCCAGAUUGUAAAAUAACAAAAAAAGAAAAUUAUCUAUUGGAUAAAUAGUGAGUGCAUUCAGAAAGUUAAUUAAAUUACAAAUAAUGAAUGUUACGAAGGGAUUGUUUAGUUGGAUAGUUUAAUAAAGUUUAUAGACUUUCAAAGUUAUUCGAAUCAAUUCCAAAUGUAGGUUUAGUGACUGCUAGUCUAUUUUGAUGUUAAAUAAGUACAAUUAAGGACACAUUAAAUUUAAAUAAUGAAAAAAUUUAUAUUAGUUAUCAUUAUUUACUAUUGCUACACACAAAUAUAUCAACGUGAUUAUGAUUAAACAGUUGGUUGGGUUUAUGAUGUUCUUCAGCAAAAUUUAUUUAAUUUGAAAUUAAUUGGAAACCAUGUAAAAUUUUCAUUUGAAUACGGCAUAACAUUUUGUUGGGGUUGUAUACAUUUAAUCGUAAGAACUGUAAUAGAAUAAUUAACUAAAGUUCCGAACAUACCAAUAGCAGAUCAGAAGCAAUAAAGUUUGAAAGCACCAAGUUGUGAUACUAGAAAGUCAUCAAACACGUCACAUCAAAUUAAAAAGCGGGCCCGCGCUCAUACUGCUCUGCUUCGUUACGCAGUUUAAAGAACUUCUUGUAUUAGAAAGAAAGAAAAAACAUUUAUGUGGCACGCUCUUUAAUAAUAAUAAAAAAAAAUUAAACAUGCUAGCACCAAAACUCAGCAUAUGACGUCGUACAUGAUACAACAACGCAACAACAACGCUGGUUUUCUAUGAAUACCUACAAAAGAAUGACAAAUAAAAAGUAAAAUUACAUAAAAACCAUUAAUGAUGCGAGCAUUAAUACAACUUUGUUCGGGCCUGCUAUCAAACUGCGCUGUUUUUGACCUGCGUUUGGUGUGUUCCGGCCUUUAUAUAUUCUUUACAAAAUGGUGACAUCUCAACUGAGACUUACGCCAUGACGAUAUAUUCCGUUAAAAAAAUAUGUUCUUAAUUGUUCUUAUUAAAUAAUAACUAUUAUUAAUACUUUUAAAAAAUCAGUGGCGUUAAUAUACUAAUCAUAUAAGAUUAAGUCUAUCUUGAUUUCUUUGUAUUUAUCAAUCUGAUGUUUUCACUAUGAUGAACAUUUUUAACUUUGCGUAUGUUCUGCGUAUGGUCACUGAUUAAAUGUAAUAUACGUAAUAAAAGUAUAAUAUUGCAUUUUUUUUCAGUGAACACUCCACCUUAUAUAUUUUUACAUACAAACAGGCCGUUUUCAUUUGAAAGUUUUCUACAAAAUCUAAAAAAACAGCUGUGUCCACAUUCAUUUAUUUUCAUAUUACUUAAUCGAGAAGCAGAACAACAUUUGGUCCAUUUUGUGUUUGUUACUCUUUCACAUAAAAUCUGCUGGACAGAUUUUAAUGAAAUUUGGUAUACGGGGAGAUUAUUUUAUAAUAAUAUUAUAUGGUCACCAUUAUUCUUUUUGUUUGUAUAAGCAAAGUUAAAUUUGACGUAAUCUAUGUUAACAAUAUCAUCACGGUGCAAUUCAUAACGGACUGAAUGUAUGUGAAAAUAGGAAGGGAUAGCGUACGAUUAGAAUAAAAAAACGCUCAAGUAAGAGCUAAUUGUAUUGUUAGCUUCGGGAUGACAUCCCACCUUAGUUGUAGACAAACGACUCGUCACAUGAGACGGUGGAAAAUUACG